AUUGUUGAUCGAUCAUUCUUGAGCUUUCACUAUCACUCGACACUGAUUGGUCGCUGUGACAACAAGCACUCACUUUGACACGACCCAGAUACGGAACAAAAUUCCGUUGAUAUAUCAUCACCAGCAUCGCUUCUUUUCUUCAUUCAUAGCACGGCAGUCCUUUUGAAAGACCAUCAGUCCGAUAAUGCCCUCACUGAAGGACCUCAACUGCGCGAUCGAGCUGUCGGAAGGUCAACAGGCAUUGCAGGAGUUUGGUACUACGUACGGCGAUGGUUUCGUCGAAACCUUUAUUCCCGUACCUAGCAAGUCACAGACCUUCUCGAUUCACCUUACAUCCAACAAGUUCAUCGCUCCUGGCGUUGCAAUCUUUGUCUACGUCGACGGAAUUUACCAGUGCAACCGCAACAGGCAAGACUUGAAGCUUCGGAAGCCUUCAGAUAGCCGCUCUCUUGUCGAUUUUCGCGUACGUCAGAAGGAAGAGAGGCAGGAUGAUGGCUCGAUGGUUGCACGCGAGUGGGCCUUUGACAAGCUCAACAUUGCUUCAGCAGAUGAUGCGCCAGAUCUGUGCUCACCAGACGUCCUCCAAAACAUAGGAUGUAUCGAAGUUGUCGUCCUACGGUGCGCUGGAGCACGAAAUGCCAAGUCUGCCUCGACGAUGAACUUUGACGGAGCAGGAGAUUACCCUAAACAUCUCUAUGACUUGGAUGACACCUCUUCUCCAUCCAACGAGAGGUCCAUGUACGAUGAUCGGGGUCCCUUCUUCACUCCCUUUGACAAUGGCCACGGCCCACCACCUCCAAUUCCGUCUUACCACCCACCUUACGUGGAAACCACCCGCAGCCAGGAAGGCUCAACAUCGAGAAGCCGUCGCACCGCGCAUAGCCCUCAUGAGAUUUUCCCUCCAGCACCUAUCACUCGUCGUUCUGGACCACGCUCUGUAUAUUCCGAGGCUGUUAGCCCCGGGGCAAGGACCACGAACGAUCUUUCUUUGUCCGGUGUUCAAUAUGGCAGCGGUCCUAUCCCACAUGACGGACAGGUAUACGAAAAUCAAUCUUCAGGUGUCAGGGCUACACAACCUCCGGCUAUGGAUCCAAUGUGGCUGAACAAUCUUCUCGCUACAGCAGUAAAGCAGGGGGUGGAAGAAUCGCGACGGAUGGAUAUACAGUCAGAAUAUCAGACUAAAUACAAGAUACAAAAGGUUGAUGCAGAGACUACAAGUCAGUCACCUGGUGCAUGGCCUGAAUCUCCUUUGAAUAUCGGUCCGUCAUCACAUCGCCCAUCUGAGCCUGCAGUUUCGUCCUCACGCAACCGCGAAAGCGCCCAUCGGUCGCAGUGGGAUCAGUCUCAGGCUGGUUGGAGCGAGCGAAAAGCACGGAGCAGAGCAGGCACUCGCGUAACCUGGAUCGAGACGCCGCUAGACGAGACUACGUCUUCCAGUGCCGACAGGUGGACCUUGCGCGACAAAGCCGCGUCCGAUUCCUGGGACACUGGAGAUACUUGGCCGACUGACAGAGUAGCUGAGUGGGAAACUUCCAGCCAAAAGUGUAAAGCUUGGGCACCAAGCCAGCCCAGUCGUCAUAGCUCAGUACGCCGCUCCUCUAUUUCUCCCCACUCACAAGAGCGGCGAAGCUCGAAGCACGAUUCGCAGCGGAGAGCACGUUCCAAAUCGCGGACGAGUCAUCGGCGGCAAAAGUACGAGACUACUACAGAAGAUGAAGAACAGAUUGGAGCUUGGGAUCAUAUCAAAAGGCCUUCGGACUCCGUGGUCUCGUUGAGUAGCUCAGAUGCCACUAUCCAGCCGUCGCUUUCUCGAAGUCGGAUACACACGCCACGGCGGAGAUCCAAGAGCCUCUCUCGACGUUCCAAGUCAACACAGCGCGAAAAGCAGCGAAAAUCAUCACGACAUUCCCAUCGUACACCGACUGAGGAAACAGUACAUGCGAGGUCAGCGCCUGUACCUUCAGUGAAUGCAAGGUUGGCGCCGGUGGUCAUGAAUGCACCCAUUCCUGCUACUUCGCAUCAUACACAAUCAGAGCCGCCUAGCAUGUAUGUGGAUCCGCCACUCCCGGUCAUGCAGCUACCAGAAUGGGCUUCUCAGGUACAUGAUGCAACGCGCAAGCCUAGUAUUGCCGCCAGUACUUUAGCACCUGCACCAUACGCAUCUUCGCUGAAGGAUUUCGUACAGAGCACGAAGGGCAAGAUACGAGGAGGAUAUCGGUCGUCUUCUUCAUCUUCCUGGGGUAACAAUAAGAAAGAUGGCGCUGUGAAUAUGUCGUGGGGCAAGGCAACCAAGAAGGAUGCUGGUUGGAGCAAGAAGAGUGAUACAGGUUGGCAUGACAAGGGUUCUAAAGACAAUGAUAAGAAAGGCUGGUUCUCAACCGAUGAUGACACUUCCAAUGGCUGGGCGAAGGAUUAUGAUGACGAGACUAUCAAAGUUGCUGAUGGUUGGAACACGAAAGAGACCGGUUGGGAUACAACAGCAAUUCCUCCAACCGAGAAGAAACACGGCAAGAACGACCUAGCCGAUCUGAAAUCCGCUCUAAAAUCCGCCUUUAAGGAUCCAUCAGCUCCAGAAGCAGCUUGGAAGAAUCAGUCACGGGGCAUUCCGCGCAACACUGCAAAGCCUGCUACACAACAGGCGACGCCUACGCCCUUUACCACCGUUGCAGCACAGACACCGCCACCAUCGAAACAGCCCCAGCGUAUGAGUAAUAAAACCCUAUCCCAAUACCGGCCAAACCACCCUUCCUCCGGGCCUGCACCGUCACCAGCCCAACAAUCUGAACGCCAGAGCAACAAAUCGCUCGCAAAUUACCGCCCCAACUACCCCUCCCUCUCCUCGCCAAGUCCAAUCUCAGCACCACAAUCACAUUGGCAGUUCCCACCUCCCCCAUCGACUUCCCUCCCUGCCAACCCAAUCUCCUCAAACAGCACUUACAUCGCCCCUGAACUCCCCCGCCUGACAAUCUCUCAACGCACGUCCACAGCAAAGGGUAUCGAACAUGCCGUCCGACCAGGUAGAGCAACGCACUAUGGUCAUGCUGUGGGCAGACCGCAGUAUCUAGAUGGACUGGACAAACCGUAUGCGGUGUUUAGGUUCAAGUAUCGUAGUGUGAGUGUACUGAGAGGAAUGUUCGGGCGGGCGGUGGGCGAUGAGAGGAUUUCCCUGGCGAAUCAAAUGGACAAAAAAGAAGAAGAUGAUGAAGGAGACGGAGAUAAGGAAAAGGUCAAAGCUGUGUACUCACAGGACGAAUUGAUUACCAGGAUGAUGGAGUUGGAACGGAGACUCAAGCAUGUUGGUGUUGGCGCUGUUCAGAGUAGCAGGGAACCAGCGCGUAGUAGUGAGCCAGAGGAGAGGAAAAAACAGCGCAGAGUUAGUGCUGCGACAGAGGGCGCAGCAGCGAAGAAGUUUACGGAACAGUGGGUUGAGCGGCAUUCGAGGAAUCCGAGUGUCGUAGCGCAAAGUCUACAGAAGGAGAAGGCUAGGAAACAAGGGAAGAAGAACAAGGGAAGCGGGCUGGGGCGAGGAAAGGAAAGCGGACGAGAUGUGCGGACAGAAUGUUGAUGAGGGGGGUGUGAAAUGGAAAGUAGUUUGAACUUCCCUAGUUACUGGGAGGAAUGGGAUAGGAUUCCGUGAGGAGUAUGUAUAGUAGGUUUU